AGAUUUAUAAAACAAAAUCAAGUAGCUAUAGCAAGAUUUGAAUUAUCGCAAUCUGGACAAGCUAUUUGUAUGGAACCAUUUAAACGUUUUCCUCAACUUGGUCGAUUUACAUUACGUAAUGAAGGUCGAACUAUUGCCAUUGGAAAAGUCCUGGAAAUCAUCGAGUAAAAACUUUUUUUUUUGUCUUUGCUGUUAGUUCACAUUUAUUCUCCAAAAAAGAUAAUAAAAACCUAAAAUUUCAAUCAACUUGAGAAUAAAAUAUUAUAUUUGUUCAUUAAUAUUUCAUUUCAAAUUUGUUUAUUACUCUGAAGUUAAGCAUUUAAUUCAAAGUAAUAAAAAGUUUUCAUUUCGAUUAAAAUCUUCAAUAAUCUAAUAGAAAUUCUGCGCUUAGUCAAUCAAGUAAAAGAGGGUGGGGUGUGGGUGUGGGUGUGGGGUGCGGGUGUUGGUGGGUGUGGUGGGUGUGGGUGUGGGUGUGGGGUGUGGGUGUGGGCGUGUGGGUGUAAUUAGAAACACUCUAACACCCAUGCACCCACACACCCACACCCACACCCACACCCACACCCACACCCUCAAAUUUUGAUUACAAUCAGUAUUGAUUUUUUAUUCAUUCGUAAAUCAAAUCGAAUUUCUUUAAUUUAGGAAUCAAGAAUUAAAAAAAGCUUGAGUUUUGAAGAAUGAAUAGCGAAAGUUUGAAAGUAUUAUAGUUGAUUUAAAAUCAAUUUCAUACAAAAUAGAUUUUAAAAGAAACUUCGUAACCCAUCAUAAUACAUGAUAAUCCUUUAUCAGCUUUCAUUAUAACGAUUGUUUCAUCGUUCAAUAAUGAUUUUGAUGAUUAUAAUUCACUUGGAUUAAUAUUUAUAUUUGUUUUGUUUUUAUUCAUUUUUAAUGAUUGAUAAGGUGCUCUUUCUAUAUUUUGGAAAUAUAUUGAUCUAAAGACUUUGUUGUUGUUCUUCUAGUUAUUAAUGUUGAAGGUCAUCAUUUCAAUAUUAAGUUUGAAUUCCGUACUGCCUUGGUUUUUCAUUUUAAUACAGAAUUUCAGAUAUUUUAAUACAUAGAUUUCUUGUUAUGAGAUAAUUCACAAGACGACA